AUGGGUGAUCCGGCAGUGCUUGUAAAUCGCCGCGGAGUAUUAAAGGGCCAAAUGACGCGUAUUUUAAGUUACACGCUAGGAGACCGGAGUAGCCUCGAAGUUAAUCAAAUAAAAAGUCGAAAGGAUCGUUUAAAAGAAUUGUUUGAUGCUUUUGAGGAAGUUCAGUCGUCGAUUGAAGAAGAAAGUGGUGUAUCGGAGGAUAGUGAAAAUUACCGCGUUGAAGUCGAAAAUGUGUAUUAUAAAGCUAUAGCGAAUUGCGAAAAAAUAAUAAAAGAAGAAGAAUUAGAGCACAGCAUCAGUUAUCUUUUUGCAAAUAGUGAAAUUCAAAGCAAUAGUCAGAACAAUAAUAAUGCGAGUGGUAGCCAAGUAACACCCGUAAAAUUAGCUGCGUUGCAAAUACCAAAAUUUACGGGCUUAUAUUCAGAGUGGGCAACCUUUUAUGACAUUUUCACAGCAUUUGUGCAUAACAAUAAGGACAUAUCGGAAAUACAAAAAUUUUUCUAUUUGCGUGAGGCACUCGAAGGUGAUGCCGAAAAAUGCUUGCAAUGUUUAGGAACAACCUCCGAAAAUUAUAGAAUUGCAUGGCAAACCUUAGUAUCGCGUUACAACAAUAAAAAGGUGUUAAUUCAAAAUCACACGAAGGCGUUGUAUGGAUUACCAGCUGUCACGUCGGAAUCGUCAUUUCAAUUGCGUCAAUUAAUCGAUGGGCUAAACGGUCAUAUUAAUGCUCUUCAAAUGUUAGGCCAGCAGCCUAAGUUAUGGGGCUCGUUGCUAAUUCAUUUAAUUACGAUUAAACUCGACAAAGAAUGCCUGCGCGAAUGGGAGACAGUAUCGGAAAGAAUGAAAUUUCUACGGCAGAAAAGUUAUUAG